GCGUGUCGCCCCUGCCCUGGUGAAACAGAAGUGAGUCGUUAAAGCGACUGGAUGGGGCUGCGCCAAUGUUGCCGCGCUCGGCUGCUGCUGCUGGGAGGGCUGGCCUCGCUUUUGCUCCUGGCAGCCUUGUAUGGUUCAGGGCUGCCAGCACAAGCACUGAAGAUUAAAUCCUACUCUUUGAAAAGGACCAAUGUUUACAGUUUAUCGUUUGUUUUAAAGCCUUUGGUGAUGUUCUUCUCUCCCUGGAGGGUCGAGAAGCAGCUCUACAAGCUUGAUCUGAGCUGGCCUAAAUUUCCAGAACUAUUCACAGGUCAAACGUUUUGCGUUGCUGUCGACAACAUCCAUGGAUUAGUUUACGUGGGACAGAGGGGUGAUCGUGUGCCAAAGGUCCUAGUGUUUAGCGAGGAAGGCUAUUUCUUGCAAGCAUGGAAUACUACCCUUGAAAUGCCACAUGGCAUCUUUGCAUUGAACACAGCCAAUGAUAGUUCAGUGUGGAUCACAGAUGUCGGGACAGGCGAGUAUGGACACACAAUUAAGCAGUACAGUCCUUCAGGCAAACUCCGUCAAAUUAUAGGUACCCCAGGAGUAGCAGGUUCAGGGACAAGCCCCGUUCAGUUGGAUCAGCCCGCAGAGAUUUUUGUGGAACACACCGGAGAUAUCUACAUUGUGGAUGGUGAUGGAGGGAUGAAUAAUCGCCUGCUCAAACUUACAGAAGAUUUGAAGACUUUGUGGCUGCGUGGGGAAAAUGGAUCUGGCGUGGCCCAGUUCAGGAUUCCACACAGUGUAACAGUGGAUUCUUUUGGACGGGUGUGGGUUGCUGAUAGAGGCAAUCAGAGGAUCCAGGCGUUUGACAAAACCACGGGCGAGUGGUUGGGAUCUUGGAGCAGCUGUUUCGUAGAAGACGGCCCUUACUCUGUUAGGCUAACUGCUGAUGAGAAAUACAUGAUCGUGGCUCAACUGAACAUCGACAGAGUGUUAAUCUUGGCUGCCCCGCCUGUCGGCUCUAUCGGAGACUGUGUUGUGGUGGACAAAAUCCAGCUGGCAGCCAGAGUCAGGCCCCACCUUGUAGACAUCAGCCUGAAAAGCGGAGCCAUCUACGUGGCAGAAAUCGGGGCUCAGCAAGUCCAGAAAUACGUUCCUUUAGACUAAUGCCCUUUUCCUCGCUGCGCAGCUUCUGGACACUCCUGCUCCUGUGGGAUUGCCAUUGGGGGAAAGAAAGAUUAGCGGACCGCCGUGUGAGAAUACUUGAAUUGCACAUUUUUUAACUAAGCAGGGUUUAGGGGUGUGUGUUGUUGUUUUUUAACAGAAUGUGUUGAAGGGGGCAUAUUGCUACUUUUAAACCAUACAAAGGUAAAGCCUGACAUGCUGUUCACCACUCGAGAUGACUCCAAAAGGGAUUCUGGUCUCGUGCAGCUCCAAGCGUCAAGAUCUGGAAAAGGGUGCGUCCUCAUGGGCCAUUUUCAGUUACUUGGUUGCUGAACAUGCCCAGUUAAGUAGCUGUACUUGAUCUAAUGUUCAAAUGGGAGGAAUUAUACAGACCGUUUGGUCUGCAUGCUAAGCUA